AUGCCGGAAAAACCUGGUUCACAUUCCAUGAUAAAUUCAUGUAAUGCCCGCGUUGUCUCUACGCCUUUUGGAAUCAAUGGCUUAGAGUGCUACGACGGAAACUUAAGUGUCAAUCACCCCCGUGUGUUAAAUUCUGCUACUUCCAGAAAUGAAACUGCAGUGGGAGGAGCACUUGGGAUUCGUAACUUAUGCAACCGAAACAAAGAGGAGAUGGAUUUUGAUAAACCAAUUGUCUUAGCUUCUCUACAUCACAAGGGUAGACUAGUGGUGUGGGAUGCGGACACAAUGGAUGUAUUGGGAACAUGUGAUCACAGCGGCGCAUCAGUGAUUGAAUGUGUGAUUACCCCAACUUAUAUUUAUGUGCGCGUAGAAAACGAGGGGUGUCUUGAGGACAAGGAAGCAAGUAUUUUUAUUUGGCACACGAAGUCGCUUAAAUUGUGCGACCGUGUUGUGGCCCACGAUGGUCGUGUGACAUCGUUUGCGGUGAGUGAUGAAAGUGACGCCUGCUUCGCAACUGCUGGAGUGGAUCAAAUGGUGCACCUCUGGGAUUUGGCGAAGGACCACAUGAUACCCGUACAAAAAAUUGCACUUAAAAGCAGUGUGACGGUUUCACUUUACUAUGCAGGCAAAAUCUUUGCCAGUUACGCAGGCUCUCCGAUGGUUGUGUGGGAUGCGGUCUCUGGGAAGGAAGUUUUUCGUACAAAGGAGGAAAGUGGGAGAAUAACCCUUGUUCGUUGGAUAAACGAUCCUCAGCGCGUUAAGAGCAAACGUCGGGUAGCGCAGGAUCUCUCUAUUAUUGUUGGUUUCAACGACGGGUUUAUUAAGGAAUGGUCGGUUCACACGGCACAUUCUUCCUCCUCCUCCUCCAGUUCCAGCGUUUCUCUGGCCUUGAAGUGGGCUCAUAAAGUUCAUCGUUCUCAAAUUGACGAUAUCUGCGGAGAUGAUGAAGUUGUACUAAGUUGCAGCGCACUCGAUGGCGCAUUUCUGCUUCUUCCUUCGACAGGAAAUGCGGCAUCGCUCUUUUCUUACGGUGCGCGUAUAGGACUACUUGAUACGUGUUCGAAACUUGCCAUCGUUGGAGCAGAGGACGGUUCUGUCGCUGUGUUUUCCUACGCCGAGUUUUACAUGGGGAGAAGUGUCCCGGGUAAGUUAUCAGUAUUUCGUCCUCACGUUGGUAGUGUUACAGGCAUGUUCCUCCAGCUGCAAAGGGAUCAGAAGUGGGACAGGCUCAUGUGCAGUUCAGCUGACGGAAAGCUGUUGUUCUUGGAUUACAGCAAGAGUCGCUGUGGGUCGUGGAUUGAAAGGGUGAAAUCUCAAACUGUGGACUUCAUUCCCCGCACUGGUGGCAUUAUUGUUCCACAAAAAGACGGAAAGGUUAGCAUAGUGAAUCGAGACACUUUAGCAUUCAGCUCUAAACAACCAUCGCUGAAGCUGUCCAAGUCAGUUAUUACAGUCCGGUGGGUUGAUGCGUAUAACAAGCUACUUUUGGGAUACGAAACGGGGGAAAUUGCGGUGUAUGAAUGUCGAAUAGACAACAAUAACAUCGUAUCUUUCUUCAAACUGGAAGAGCGAGGGUUGUCGCCGUAUUUUGUUCCACUUAUUGCCCUUAGUGAGCCUUCCUCGCACCUGGCAGUGGCAUGUUUUAGGAAGGAGACGCUGCAUGAGGGUGGUUUCUUAGUCAUUGAUGUGGAGCAUGCCGACAUCACUUUCCCCUUGCAGUACCUACAACGAUCAUAUGCCAUCCGCUGCAGCAUAAUCCCUCUGAAGGAUAUGGAGGAUUGCGAUUACACUGUUAUUUUGUUACUUAGAGAUGGCAGUAUCCUUCAGUACUUGGGUGAUGCAGAGGAAAGAGUCGAUGCCGUACUUACGAGGACCAUAUCUAAUUCUCAACUCCCCAAUGUGCGCUCGAUGGAACUGACAGGUUUGAGCAUUUUCCCCUCUCAAUAUGUUCUUUCGGUGGAGCAAACGACGACAGACGCACCAAAAAUCACUCUCAUAUACGCGGAGGGACCUCAUCUGAAGAGGGCAACAUUUAGUGCAACUGCAGCGGGAUCUGUGGAGGUGACAGAUUUUGCCGAGAAGGGAGCGAACGCUUCUCAACAAACAGAGGAAAAAAAGCUUGGAGACGUGGUUUGCCUGACGGGUAUUUUUCAGGGUGACUUGGGCCUGGCUGUGGUUCGAGAUUCCCCAUUUGUUGACCUUGUCAGUCCAGGAGGUGAAUAUUUGUACCGCAUUUGGUACGGUGGAGAUGUCCUCAACUACGACAUGGAAGGUCGACGCCGGAGACAACUUAGUUUCCCCUUUGAUCCUGCCAUUCUUAAUGAAAAAAAGAGUCUUGCAAUGAAUUCAUCCUGCAGUGCUUGUUGUGUUUCCUUCUGUGCGGAACGGCGAUAUCUUGCCAUUGGUUACCGUGAUGGUACGGUGCAACUCUUUGAUACAACGCAGCAUGUCAUAUUUGCUCGCUUCAUGGCUCACACGGCAACAGUCACCUCCAUAUGGGCCUUCCCCCACGCCAUGGUUUCUUUUUCUGUAGAUGGAAGCUGUUACGUGGGAAGGGUGACCCGUCGUGUGUUAUUUGGUUAG